GUCCAACUUUCUAAGCUUUAACCUCCAUGUCUUACUAUAGUCAACCAACCUCUGCGACGUAUCCUUAUGGUGCCUAUACACAAACACCUUACGCGUACCAGUCGCCAGCCGGCUACCAACCGUGGUCGUAUCAUCAGUAUCCUUACGUCCAUCCAGGUGCCCAAGUAGUCAGGCCUGCAACACAAGUACAGCCACAACCACAACGACCAGUACCGACACCGACACCAACGGUACCGAGAUCAACGACAUUCCAACCUUACACACCUUCAUAUGCACGAGACAACACUGCUUCGACCAGCACCGGUGCAGGACGGGGGUCGAGAAAGCAGUCGAAUAUGAAGGGCUUGUUUACCAAAGAAUUGAAGAAUCUUAUGUAUGGCUUUGGAGAUGAUAGAAAUCCGGCAAACGAUACCGUGAAUGUAAUGGAGGAGAUUCUUAUCGAAUACAUUACUGAUGUCUGUCUAGCGGCUGGCGGAUCGUCAAAGAAAGGUCGUUUGUCUGUUGACGAAUUAAGGCGUGUCCUUUCGCGGCCAGCCGACUCAAAGAAGCUGGCUCGAAUGGAGGAGCUGCUGUUCAUGCAGGAAGAUAUCAAACGUGCUCGAGCGCAAUUCGAUGAUGCAGACAAUCCAAGGGGCUUAUAAUAGACCAACAAACACCGGUGUGUAGUAACCUUUGGAUGUAGUCAACCUUGUCCCCAAUCUACCCUUCCACGCAGAACGGCGAUUGCCAGCCAAAGCUUCUGUCCUUCGUCCGUGUACAUAUACAGGAACUCGUUCAGUGAUAUUUCCGAGGGUUGAGGUCGGACGUACGUUAGAGACGGAGCUUACCGUUCUGUCGUCAAUAGUUUGAACGGCCUGGUGCGAAUUCACAUACCCUUUUAGUGCUGUAAUCGUAGUGAAUAGGCAUCACUCUUCCAUGGCGUCUUCAGAUUCCG